AUGGUAAAGAGGAUGGAUAGGAGGCGGAAUUUCCUGAUUAGGGGAGCUGCAACGUUUGUGGUUUUCGCAUUGGUUGCAUUGGUCAUUCGGGAUAGAAUAAAGAAGAGGAGACCCCGGGUUACCUAUGGACCUAUUUGGGAAAGAGACCAACAAAGAAUCAAUUAUCUGAACAAUAAAAUUUUCAAGUGUGAUGUGAGAUGCAGAAAUAUGUUAAGGGUUGAAAGAGCACCCUUUUUUCGAUUGUGUGAAAUUUUGAGAGAACGUUUGUUGCUGAGAGACAGUAUACAUGUAUCCGUGGAGGAGCAAGUAGCAAUGUUCUUGAAUACUAUUGGCCAUAACCUUAGAAAUAGGGUUAUUGGGGCUAAUUUUGACAGGUCAAAUGAGACGGUAAGCCGCUAUUUUAGAGUAGUCCUUCACGCAAUAGGUGAGCUACGAGCUGAAUAUAUCAGGCCACCUUCCUUGGAAACUCCAGUCAAAAUUGCAGGGAACCCACGGUUUGACCCAUAUUUUAAGGAUUGCAUUGGAGCAAUUGAUGGUACACAUGUUCGAGCAUCAGUUAGUAAAGAUAUGGAACCUUCCUUUCGUGGUCGGAAGUCUUUCUACUCAAAAUGUCAUGGCAGCAGUAGAUUUUGACCUUCGGUUCACAUAUGUUUUGGCGGGUUGGGAGGGGACAGCACAUGAUGUGACCAUUUUAGCAGAUGCUAGAGAGCGGGAGAAUGGCCUGUAUGUCCCUCAAGCAAUGGCAACAUCUUCGGACCCAUGGAUGAAAGAGUACACCGAAGCAUCUAAGCUUGUUGAUGAUAUAAGCACCAUGAUCGCCGACAGAGGUUCUCUUCCACAAUCAGGCCCUGAAAUUAUGCGCCACACAUCAGCCAUUCGGAGAAAAAUAACUAUUCUUGGGACUAGACUGGAUAGCUUGGCAACAUUGUUGUCGAGGAUUCCUCCUAAGUCGCUUACUGACAAGGAGUUGCAUAAGCGCCAAGACACGCUUUCCAAUUUAAAAUCUAAAGCAAAACAGAUGGCGACAAGUUUCAACAUGUCAAACUUCGCCAACAGGGAAGAUUUGCUUGGUCAGGGUAAGAAGGCAGCUGAUGACAUGAGCAGAGUUGCUGGGUUGGAUAACCAAGGGAUUGUUGGCCUUCAGAGGCAAGUUAUGAAAGAACAAGAUGAGGGUCUUGAAAGGCUGGAAGAGACAGUACUGAGCACGAAGCAUAUCGCAUUAGCAGUCAAUGAAGAACUUACCCUGCAUACAAGACUGAUUGAUGACUUGGAAGAUCAUGUCGAUGUUACAAACUCCCGUCUUCAGCGUGUGCAAAAGAGGCUUGCAAUUCUCAACAAGCGCACCAAAAGUGGCUGCUCGUGCAUGUGCCUGCUGCUAUCUGUGGCCGCCAUAGUGGUUCUCGCUGUUAUAGUUUGGCUUCUGAUCAAGUAUCUGUAAGGCAACCGCAGCUUUUGUUGAACGGUCGCUUUUGUGCUACCCAUCGAAAUGUGCAGUCCCUUGCAAGAUAUUAAAAAGUUAUAUGGUGGUUUUGUGGCGGUCUUUUAAUUGUUUGGUAUGGUUGUAUCAGUAUGUACAAGGUAUGAAUCUGGCAUAUAUGCCCAUCAAUAUGCGUGAACACUAGUUCCUUUGUAAAUUUGCAGUGAGAACAUUUUGCGUGCGCCUUCGUGAUUGAUUGUAUUAAUAAACAGGUAUGAUAGCUUUGCAAAAUCA